GUCUACUAAGUACUAUUAUUAUAAUUACUAUUAUUAAUAUUGAUGAUAAAUUAUGCCGGCACUAAUGCUGGACUCAUCAAACACACAAGCCAUACAGACCCUUCCCCUGGACAGGCGUAGCUUGGCCCAUAGGACACUUCCAGCCCUCGUAGAGAGACGUUAUCCCCGGUCAACCGGGGGAAAAUCUGAGACCCAGAAAGGUAACUAAAAUCGGCAGGGACUUGUGCCCUAGCAGGGACCAGGGCUAAGGCAUCCCUGUAUAUUAGCCAGAGAUUGGUCUAAGCCCCGUGGGGUCACUUCAGAGCCCCAGCCCGCUUUCCUGCUUCGCAGUCGGCCACCCCAACGCUCCGCGGCUCUGAAACCCUAAACCGGGACAGAAGAGACCCGUGUGGGCUGGGUAGCUGGGCCUGCGUUGAAAGAGGGGUGGGAGGCAGGGCGAGGCGGAGGGCUUAACGGAGCAGCUAUUCCACUCACAGGUUUCCCCAGAACAUCAGCCGCCACUGCUGGCCUGAGCCCCUGUCUCAAAUCCUGCCGUUUCCUCAGUCGACCUGACGACCCCCACUUGGUGCUGGUGGGCGCUGGUGGGCUGUGGCGGGCACAGGUGCCCAGUAUACUGUCUAGAGUCCAAUAAGCAAUGAGCUCAUGAGUGGCAGAGAAGGGGGUGAGGAGCAUCCGAGGAACAGCAGCAGGGUCACCUGUUGCUUUGUGGUUACAGAGAAGAUGGAGUCCCGAGUGGAGGGCCGGGCCUUUCCUCUUAUGACUCUGUUUCCCAACUGGCAGGCAGUGCUCUGGCAGGCCUUGACCAUUAUGGCACUGCUGGCUGGCCCCAGCGCUUCCUCCCCGUCCACCGGGCAGCGCCACGGCCCGCUUCAUGACUACGGCAGCUCUGCUCCGCUAGCCGGCCUGGAGGGACUGCUCACCCCCACCCAGAGCACCCUGCACGGGGAGAACCCAACGGGCGUGGGAGAACCUCCGCCGCCACCCAGAGGAGAAGAGAAGCCCCCCGAGAGCCUGCUGCUGCGCGAGGGCCGUUCGCCCCGGGCCCAGGUGAAGGGCAGGGCCCAGAAAGGCCAGCGCGGGAAGGGGGGCCGGGGCAAGGCGAAGCAGCGGGGCUGCCACCUGCAGACUCAGCUGGUCAAGGUGCGCGAGCUGGGCCUGGGCCACGACUCGGACGAGCUGGUCCGCUUCAGGUACUGCAGCGGCUCGUGUCAGCGGGCCCGCUCCAACCACGACGUCAGCCUGGCCUACCUGCUGAGCGCCGGCACCCUGCGGCCCUCCCCGCCGGCCCGGGUGCUCAGCCACCCCUGCUGCCGGCCCACCCGCUACGAGGCCGUCUCUUUCAUGGACGUGCACAACACCUGGCAAACCGUGGAGAGGCUCUCGGCCGCCGAGUGCAGCUGCCUGGGCUGAUGAGGGACCCGGAGGUCGCCGCCUGGCCCGAGCCAGAUUGAAGCCCUCCCCGGCAGCUCCGUGGGGCUCACCGGACCCAGGGGCCGAGCUGGGAGCCCGAAAAAACUUGGGGCAGACCCGGAGAGAGGUGUGCCCGGCCCUCAGAACCUAAGGGCAAAGAAGCGGCUGGAGCCCCCGGCCCGUGGGUAGGGAGAGGGAAGGGAGCAGAGCAGGGAGAGGGGCCGCAGCCGGGGCCGUCCCCUUCCGGGCGGAAGGUGGGACGGGCCUCGGGCGACAGAGGGGCCCGAGGGGCUGCCGCCAUCACUCGAGGUGGAAGGCAGAGACUGAGGGAACCGAGAUGGAGUCGCUCAACCCAGAGGGUGGUCUGGGGACAGAGCGGGAGAGGAUCUAUGCAGACCCUUAGCCACGGCGGGUGGGGACGGGGUGAAGAGGGGACCUCGGACCGGAGCGGGGGAACGGGAUGGCUGUCCUACCCGGAAGCUGAGUUCCCAGAUUGCAGAAGGACACCCGGGGACCCAGGACACCCCGCCACCCAGGACAUCGAGUCCGGGGCCCGGCCCGAACGGGCCCGAGGGGAGGGUCUGCCCUAACCAGGGCCGGGAGCUGUAAGGUGCUGCUGGGAUGGGGAUGCUGCUCCCCACCCCCUCAACUUGGAGGUAUAGAGUAGCUCCCCCAGAAGCCCUAGGAGAGGAAGAGAGACUGCGACCAGAGUCCCUGGCACCGCAGGGGACACCGGGGUUGCCUCUCCUCAACUCUCCCCCCUCCCCACGAGCAGCUAUUUAUUAUCUCUAAGUUAUUUAUUUAUUCUCUCUUCUGACUGAGUUGGUUCUCAGGCUCAGGUGCAAAUGGCCAAAAGGGACAGCCUGCAUAAGACAGGGGAGCAAAUGUGAAUGAUUCCCAGACUGGGCUCACCCAAGGGCUCAUUCCGGCAUUGAGGGGGGUGGGGAGAUAGGGAGGAGGAUGGGAGUCGACUGGUUCCUAUGGCAACGAUGUGCAUAAAACAGUGGCUCCCUC